CCGGUCGAAGUUGAUCAAGCACAGUGUAAUGCGCUAGUACAGACGAGGUACAUGAACAUGGUGUAGAUCUAUUCAUAUAUUUUGUCUGUGAUUCAAAUAUUCGUUAUCAACAUAAAAUGAAAAUUCAGAAACGUAAUGAAUUUAUGUUAAAAGAGAAUUAAAAAAGAAUGAUACUUUUUUAUACGUAUAUAUAAUUUUCUUAGUUAAGUUUCAAAGAAACAACAAAUUUGAAAAGGCGCCCUAAUAUUUUAGCGCCUUCAACGAAUACAAAAAGCGUGUUUUCUUUAACGUACAAUUUUUGUGCGAAAUUUAAUGAAAAUUGAAGUGAAAAAUAUAUAGUUGAAAUUGUGCAAUUGUUAAAAAAGGAUUUUGCAGAUUACAAGGUGGAUUUUUAUUCAUUUUUUAAACAUAUGUGCAACAAGAAAAUCUAUAUGCUGUUCAUUCUUCAACUGAUGAAUUUAAAUUUUCAAAUGUGCAUCGAAGUUCUUUUAAGUAUAUCUACUUAAUAUAUUUACAAUGAAUUUUAAAAAGAGAAACGUACGCAAUGUUACAAAUAACAAAAGAAUAUAAAGUGAUUAUUUUUUUGUUUUUUCCCAUUUUUUCUUCAUUUGCAAUUGAUGGAAGUGUAGUAUUGAAAGAAUUAGGUGCAAAGCAAUAUGAAAUGAUCAAAGCAAAAUCUUCUUUAUCUCAACAUGGGAGUUGUUGGCAGAAUGUUAUUAAAAACAUAAAAAUUAGUUGUGAUAAAUUAAAUGACCAGCAGCAUUCUUUUCUUGCUCUGAUGUUGACAAAUUGUUUUUUAAAAGACUCUGGGCAUAAAACUUAUGAUUGCCACCUUAUUGAUGCAGAAAAUCAACGCCGUAAUUGCAUUAACAAUAUGUCAGAUAGAGCAUUUAAUGUAUAUAAUGAAUUUUACAUACAUACUACACACAUGUGUUUUUAUUUGAAUUAUGAGGCUUGGCAAGCUGAAACUGACAAUACUAUUAAACAAUUGUAUCAAGUUUCUUCUCGGAUGAGAGAACAAUUGUUAGAAGCUUCAGAAAUACAAGAAACCAUGCUUGAAAGUCAAAAACAAAGUUUGCAAAUGCAAAACAAACUGUUAACUCAUGGAAAAGAGCUUGGUUCCGUAUUGAAGUCUUCUUCUGAAAGUGUUAAUAAUCUAGUUAAAGAUUUUAAAGAAUCAGCGAAAGAUCAAAGAGAAUUGUUGCUCCAAAUAUUUUCAUAUUUUCGUACUUUUCAAAGUUGGAUCAUUGGAGAAAUUUCUUGGUUUCAAUCCAUUAUAUAUUAUACAGUCAGUUGUAUCUUGUGCGCAUUGUUUAGUUCUUCUAAAAGAACUAUGGAUGCCAGAGUUACUCUAUUUACAAUUCUAAGUUUAAAUGUUAUUGGGGAGCGAAUGUUAGUUCAAUAUUAUAACAAUAUGUAUCAUUCUAAUGACAAUAAGGACAGUUUAGUGAAUACAGUAUGGUUGUGUAGGAAAAUAGCUCUCAUUUUUUGUGCUAUUACCUUGGUUUGUACAUACUCUUAUUACAGAGAUGAACAAGUAGAAAAUUAUAAAGCACUAAAACGCAUUGAACAUCAGUUAAAUACCAUACAAAAGGUUACAUCUAUUUCAACUAAACAUCAUUAUUCUACACGGUUAAAUAUCAAGCGUUUACAGGCACAGGUAAAUAAACACACUAGUAUGGAAGCUUUUUCAUAAAUUUCAGUAUUUUAUUUAAUAAUAUUGAUGAGUUAUUAUAAUAAUGAAAAUAUUAUAACAAUGAAUUUUGUACAAGUG